AUGGAUCCAUCCUCACCACCGUUGGCACGACACCACCACCACCACCUCAGUAAACUAGAAUGUCUCCCCCCCGAACUCCUCGAAAAAAUUUUCUUCCACAGCCUCUCCAUUAACCUCCCACGCUCAUCACUACAAAUCGCAGCCGUCCUCUCCAAACCCAUAAUCUACAAAUGGCUCAUCCGGCUCGCCUUUAGCAGCACAAACCCUAGUUCUCGACACGGCUUUUUCACUGAAGAUUUCUUACCUUCGCCGCUCGGGUUUUGGGCGUUGUCGAAUGUCGAGCGUACGCUGUUGCAGCAGGAGAUUUUGACGUGUAGGUGGAGUACUCUGCCAUUGUUUCGGGAGUGUCAACGGGAGUAUGUCAAGCAUGUCCUGCGGCAGAAGGGGGCGGGACUGGUGUUUGUGUCAAAAGAAGAUCAGGCUGGGUUUGAGUCGAUUGAUGAGAUGUUCUCGCGGCCUAUGGAUUUCGAUAAGGCCGAGUCUGGCAGAAGGGGAAGUGGGGAUUUAAUCCUGAAAGCUAAGAGAGCAACGGAAGGAGGAAGGGAGGUGGAUAUGAGGGUGUCGUUCUGGUUCCAUUUCGGCGGCAUUCAGAUCCGUGAACCGUCGCCCGUCAGCCAUGAGAUUGACAUGUUUCGUCUGCCCUGUCCGCCAUCGCCGAAUGGGAGACCGCGGAUGCCGGAUAAAUUGCUGCAUGCGCCGUGGACAAGCGAGAAAAUUGAAUUUUUGACGUUGUUGUCGCAAGAAACGUACAUCGACGAACAUAAUAACAGUACUGAACGCUCGCACCAGGUGCUGCGGCAACUCAUUCGAGAUCGGGAUUAUGUCACGUUUGCGACGUUGUUAGAGUUGAAUGUUACGACGCGAGACUACAGUUAUCCGCAGAAAUGGCGGGKCAAGACGCGGCAUUUCAAAGAAGCGUUGAGGCAUGUGACGGGGCUGAAUGAUCCCUUUGUCAGGCUGUUGUAUGAAAAGCGAUGGGAUUGUUUGAAGGACAGGAAAGUGAGAGAUGAGGUUUUGAAAUGUAUAGAAUUAUGA